GUUGGCCCAAGCUCCCGAGUUACUCUGUAAUUGCAUAGUUUGUCUUGACUUCAUCAUAAUAAACAAAAACGACUUACAUACAUACAUCGCGACGCCAUCUUGAUCACAUCACACUACACCAAAAAUUAUUUUUUAUGAUUCUUCUUGAAUCCACCACUUCAAAAUGGCCCCGGGCCAAAAGAUGUACCCAAGGGCGACGGUGAAGAAGAUCGUGAAGGCGCAUUCAAAAUGCAAUGUCAGCAAAAACGUCGAUGUCAUGAUGUUUCUCGACUAUGUGCUCUUCAUGCAAACGCUUAUGAAGGAGUCAGCUAUUGACGCGAAGCAAGCUGGAGAAAGGGGCAUUAGCGCUAGGAGUGUCAAGAAGGCUACCGCGGAUACUCUGGCCAAGUUUAAGGGAUAAAGUAGUGAGAGCCUCCCGACUACCAAUUAUCGUACACUGCAUACGUACAUAUUAUCGCAAAGAUUGAACUUUAUAAUGUCAAUAAGUCACUGGGCCUAUCAGCACGCAGUGGGCAUAUUAGGUAAAUAGCUAUAAAAGCAUGCAAUGCACGCCAAGCAUGGAUCAAUGUCUUCGAGUUCAAAUGUGAGCUGGUGCAUACAUCCAUGAUAUGUACUAAGGGUUCUUAGGGUUUCGCUGCGUUUCCCUGGACACUAUAGAUAUAAGUACAUACAUAGGACAAGCACCCACAUACAUACCUAGGAGUGUACAAUACAAUACAAUACAACCUUGAAUACAAUAACAAUACAUAUAGCUGAAUGCCAGUGAAU